AUGACGAUGUUGAUAUCAUCGUCAUCAUCUGUGAAUAUCCCUCUUCAUAUCCUCUUCACCGAGAUCUUCACCAGACUACCUGUCAAGUCUCUCUGCCGAUUCAGGUGCGUCUCUAAAUCAAUCCAAUCUUUAACACUCAACAACAACGACCCUUUCUUUCUGGAUCUCCACCUCUCUCGUUCCCAAACUCGUCCACGAGGCACCACUCUUCUCAUCCCUGCAAUCCGCUCAGGCAAUUCCUAUGAAAUAUUAUCAGCAGAAGUCGAUGGAGGACCACUCACUCACCUCUACACCAUCCCUGGUGGUUAUGAUUGCCAUCAUCGCACCUUCUCUUCCGACGUUAAUGGCUUGCUCUUUUUUUCCGGUGACAGUUAUUCCAACACAUGCCCUUUCGUUUGCAAUCCCACCACCCGACAAUUCCUCAUACUCCCUCCAAUCGAAAGCGGCUAUCAAGUCAUACGUUAUUUUCUUGGCUUUGAUCCAUCCACCAGGAUUUUCAAAGUUGUCAACAUUCACAUUUACCAUGAGUCUGAUAUGAUGGUGUGCCGGGUUUUCACAUUGGGCGGCGACAAUAGUGGUGGUUCAUGGCGGACAAUCCAUCCCGGUUUUCCAUUUGAAGGAUGUGAUUGGUUGAGAAAUUCGAGCAAAAGUGUUUGUUUAAAUGGUGCAAUACAUUGGUUUCUUGAAGCAAAGAAUGUCAUCGUGGCCUUUGACUUGAAAGAUGAGAACUUCUAUAUAAUUCCACUCCCCAACCAUGGCGGUGUUGUUCAACCUCGAUUAUCCGAAACUGUUCUUAUUCAAGUGAAUGGAUUUUUGGCUGUCAUUUGUUACGAUUAUCGUCAUUUUAGUGGAAAGAUGGAGAUGUGA